AUGGAGGAUCGAGCAGUACGGAAAAUUGAUAAGCAAUCUUUCGCUAAGGAACACUCAUUCAAGUUACUGAAUAAGCUAAAUUUGUUGAAAAAGCGAGGUUUAAUGUGUGAUGCGACUCUAAAGGUUGGAGGAAAGGAAUUUCCAGUUCAUCGAAUUAUACUGUCAGCCGCCAGUCCAUAUUUUCAAGUCAUGUUUACAAGUGGUCUGGCAGAAAGCCAUUUGGAUCAUGUAGAAAUUCACGGUAUUAACGCAGAAGUUUUCAGCACUGUUCUUGAUUUUAUCUACACCGGAAAAGUUGUUGUGAACGAAGGUAAUGUUCAACAGCUUUUACCUGCAUCGAAGAUGCUUCAAGUAGACGAUAUUGAGGUUAUGUGCUGUGACUUCUUGAAACGUGAACUGGAUCCUUCAAAUUGUGUGGGCAUUUACAUGUUUUCCGACACCCAUUCGUGUACUUCGUUGUCCAAAUCGGCGCUGGGCUUUAUUCACAGGAACUUUGUCGAAGUUUCAAAACAGGAGGAGUUUGUGCAACUCACCAAAAAAGCAUUAUUUCAACUUCUAGAAUCAGAAGAACUUAAAAUUGAAUCUGAGGAACAAGUCUUUGAGGCUGCUAUGCGUUGGGUGUUACAUGACAUUUCUCGAGGGCGUGAGUCACUAGGGCAAAUCCUUGAACGCAUAAGACUCCCGCUUAUCUCUCCAAAAUUCCUUGAAAAGUAUCUUCUCACGUGUGAAAGUGCAAGUAUUCAGAGGAUGUUAGUGGGAAUUCUUGAUGGAUAUAGAAGUUACCAAGCCUUAGGACAUGGGCUACAGAAGGCACAUACACAACCGAGGCAUGCUUCAAGAAAGUGUUUUUAUAUCAUAGGAGGGUACAGUCGUCGAGUAGGUGGAAGGUGGAGUGACACGUCAUCGCUUUCGACUGUUGAGAAGUUUGAUUCCUUUUCACAAACCUGUGACAGUUUUUCGACACCACAGAUGAGCUUUGCUCGCAGUGGACAUGCAGUAGCUUCUGCUGGGGGGUUAAUUUAUGCCAUUGGUGGAGAGAAUGACUCUCUUAUUUAUGAUACUGUGGAAUGCUAUGACCCUGCUUCUAGAUCUUGGUCACUUGUUGCUCCUUUGACAGCUCCGCGUGUGGCGUGUGGAGUAUGUGUUGUUGAAGACUUCUUGUUUGUGAUUGGUGGCUGGGUUGGGGCUGAGAUUGCAGAGGAUAUUGAGAGGUAUGAUCCAGACCUUGAUCAUUGGGAAGUAGUCGGAAAGGUAGAAACAAAGAGGUUUCAUCUUGGAGUUACAGAAAUGAAUGGACUGAUAUAUACAGUAGGUAGGUCACCUUUUCUAUGAAUAAGAGUGGAUUUCCUCUGUCACCUAAUUUUCACGUGCGCAUGCGUAAUAAGAAAGAGGCAAUCCAUGGAAGGACACACAUAAACAUUGAAGUUGAACCUUGUUCAACUUUUGUGUUUAUGCACGGCCUUUAAUACACUGCUUCUAUUUUACUUACACCCGUAACAGUUACUUGCAUUUGCACUUGAAAAUUGCGUGACAGUGAAAUCCACCAUAACACAGGGUUCAACCUUUUUUAACCCUAUUGCCCAAUUAGCUUACAGUGCAGGCAUUUGUGAGGGAACAUGAACCCUUAAAAUUUCAUUCUUGUUAUGUGGUGUGUUUGACAAAGGGAGCUUGAAAGGGUAACCCUUUAAAGUGCAUUAAUAUAACUCUCCUUACUCUCCCUCUUAUACUAAAAGAGAUGUUGUUCAAUAUGAAACUUACUCUUCUUGGUAAAAAAAUUGCUUGUGUUGUUUGAAGAAAUAUUCAUGUAAACUGCAUGACACAGCUCCUUUAAGUAAAUUACAAAGUAAGAAACAGAGAGCUAGGUCACUAACAGCACUGUACUGUAGGCUAUUGCUUAACAAAAUGUUGAGCAUUAUAAAUGAGUAGAAAGCUCAUUCAACACAUGUACAGUGUAACAAAUUGACUGCCAUCAUUCAACAAGCUGCUGCUUUUAUGAUUUUAUGCUCUCUGGUGAUCUCUGCCUAGAAAUUUUAAAACCUACAGUAUCUUUGUUUUCACUAAUGUAUUAAGAAUGCUCAACAUGUUGCUUGGCCUGUUUUGACAUGACACUUUGUCGACUACAGGUUUAAUGUGUAUGAUAAAUAUUCAAUGCGGAAGUUAUUUUUAGCUGGUGCUUUUUGUCCUAAAAUCACAGGAGGGUUAAGUGAAUUAGGGGAAGAACUCAAAGUGUGCGAGUGUUAUAACCCUGUCAGUGAAACUUGGAUGAGACUACCUGACAUGCAUCACAAGAGAGCAUACCUUGGACUGACAGCCUUGGAAGGCAGCCUGUAUGCUGUAGGUGAGGAAAAGAUCGAAACUUCCCUGUAAUAGGCUGUGAUCCUUUUGGCCAGUGCCACAGAUCUAGACCUCUUGCUAGGGCCUGAAGCAAGAAGUCUGUAAAACACAUCAUUCCAGCUUUCUGUUCAGCGUCAGAAAUAUUAUUAUUUGAAACAAUCACUUUUACCUUGGUUAACAAAAAUUUGAAGCUACUACAGUUGCGUGCUGUCCUGGUCCCAUCCAGAGCUCUUGAUCCAUGGUACUGUCCAAACAGUCAGCAGUUCUUGUGACAAGAAUAGUCAAGGCCAAAAGCCAAGUGAGAACUUGUAACAAAUGUCUUUUUGAAGUAAAGUUUUCUGAGCCUGUGAUCAAUUGAAUACCAUAACUUGUCAGAAGAAAACUGUGAAAAACCAUGUUACACCUCGAUGAGUUGUACACCUGAGCCUGCAAUACAGUCAUUUGACACUGGUCAGCAGAUACCCUAUUUUUGAAACUGGUCACAACAUGGGUGUUGAAUAUCAAGUUUAACAUUUUACAUAUGCCUUAGACUUUUAAGAUUAGUAAGUAAGACAUUUCACAUCUGUUAACAUAAAGGGGCAGAUACAAUUUCUUGGAUGCAUAGAUAGCCAAUAAUUGUUCUAAGACAUGGUGCUCCACUGCUUACGCUGUGUAUGCAGGAGAGCUCCAAAAGAAUAAUGACAUGGUCACUGAGUACAUUAAUACAUGCUACCAGCCUCCUUCCCAGGGUUCUCUCCUAACCAUUCCUACGGAGAGAGAGAGAAAGGUAGGAGAGAGAACCUGGGAACAAGGUUGGCAUGGUACUUGUUUUUGAGUAUUUUUACAUUUACGAAUAAGCCAAAAAUUUAACAUAGCUCUAUUCUGGUUUUAUUUUGACCUUGAAUGCUAAUAGCAGCCAAAAUUUAUGGUUUUAUACUACUACAUGAAAAAUUACUGCAAUUUGAUUGGCUUACAGCACUGGUAUAAGUCGAAUUAAACUUUAUGGAUGUACACUUUUAAUGUUUGGAAAACGCCCAUCAUCAUAUUUGUUUAUUAUCGUACUAAACAUGCACUAUAAACCGUAUUUAUGGUGAGCACUAUAAAGUUUUAUGUCUCUAAUUUCACUCGCCUAACGGCUCGAGAAAUUAUGUAUAACAAUUUCGAAAUAUCACUUGUGGUAUUUAUGCCAAAUAUCACUACAAAUCAUGCUAUUACCUAUACUAAUUUACAUUUUCAAUAAUAAUUACUAACAGGCGGCUGUAAUGAACUGGAAGGAACACUAUCCAGUGUAGAACAGUUUGAUCUUCAAAGAAACCAGUGGACAGAGGUGAUUCCCAUGGAAAAACCAAGAGCAGGUUUGUCAUUGGCAGUCAGCAGUGGACUUUUGUAUGUGUUUGGUGGGCGGACAGCGAGUGAAGAGUACUCCCCUCCUGUGACACUAACAGGUGUUGAAUUGUAUGAUCCGAAGAAACAGAAAUGGAAGCACGUUACUGAUUUGUGUUUUAGUCGGUGUGAUUUUGGCAUUGGCAUUGUGUAACCUGAAGGUAUUAAACAAAUCAAGAAUAGCUUUCCAUGUUCGGUACUCUUAUCUGCCAUAGGAAUGAUGUCAAAAUG